ACUAAGGCUUGUUCAGUGCCUGGUAGCAUUGAGCACACUUUAGAGGAGAGAAUAAACCUGUAUAGGAUGGCUGUUACCAAUACCAAAGUCACAGGGGAAACCUCUAAAGCUCGGAGAUAUGAGAGAGGCCUCAAGACACUACAGACUAUGCUGGCAUCAGUACGGAAAGGAGGGAAGAUUGACGAAACAGAGAUUCCCCCUCCAGUUGCAUGUGGAGUGUCUGGUAGUCCCAGUCGGCCCCCUGUCCCUGCAGCUUCACCUGAUCAGCAUGGGGAGUGUGACAGUGCUGUUGAGAUCUCUCCCAUCUCUGCAGAGGCCGUCUCUGUUGUCAUGGAUCCAGCAUCAAACACUAAAGACGAGUCUUCUGGUGUAGCAUCUCCAGCUUCCCUGUCAUCUCCAGAAGGGGAACAUGCUGCAAGUGGCGCUGUAUUGCACUUAGGUUAGCCAAGUGCUUUUGUGGCAACAUACCACAGUUUAAAG